AUAUGCAUGAGGUGCCCGGGAACAAGUCGAGCAAAAGAAUUCUGGCUGGUGCUUGUUCCCCUGGUAAAUCCGCGGCAGGGUCGAUGGGGAUCAGCAAGCCCCUUUAAGAUUACGGCAGGCAGAUCUUCCUGGGGGACGGGAGGGAAGGAGUGACAGAUACGGGAUGAAUUAUGGGAAUCGCCCUUUCCUUCUGUCUUUGUUCUUCCUGUUCCGUCUUUCCUCUUCGUGCUCUGACAUCAUCCCGCCUGGCCUGAGUAACCCACCCAUGACGGUAUCAUGUCUUUCCCAACACGGCCCAUCUGAGACUCGAAACUCACACACGCCAGAAUUCUCCAGGGCCACCCUCCGUUGCCCUCUCGUCUUCGCACAUUUGCGCCUUUUUUCCCCUACUUCUUCUCAGCUACAUGCGUGGCCGGGCGUCUCUCCCUUUCCGACCCCCAGGAGGCCUCGCUCUUUAUAGGCGCAGGAGGCUUCGUUAUCGCCUGAUUCGAAACAGCCGCACCCUCUAACGAUCAGCAAGCUAUUUCCCGCUUCCUGUCGACCGCUCAGCGCCUACGA